AUUUCCAAUCUUAAAAAACAAAAAGAAGAGCUUUGAGGAGGUGUAACAUAAUUCCUCAUGUGGUGUUGAGUUCACGUUCACGCCCAUCCCAGUAAAGGUGGAACCCCCAUGGCUGCUACAGCCUCUAGCUUUGGAACUACAUGGUGUCUUAGAAGAGCAGCUCAGGCUUUUGCUAUCUCUCAUUCUCAUAUUCUCCGCAACAAUGUUAAACUCUCUUUGCAGAGGAACUUUUGCUCUCAUCUUCUCUCCGUUUCUACUUCUUUAGCUUCAGGUGUAAGCCAGACAGUACAAGCUCUAAAGGGAGAAGUUGACUUGUUACUCAAAGGAGUAGGAGAAAGAAGUGUAACGAAAGAAGUAAAACAUAUUCUUGAGAUGGCUAGACGAGCAUCAUUAAAGCGAGAGAUUCUCCAUACAGAUUUUCUAACCCCUCCAGUGUUAAAGGAAUCUAUGCAAGUUUUGGAAAAACUAGCAGACGUGAAAGCAAUUGCUCAAGGAGGUUACCCUCAGGCUGAACGUUGUCGGAUUUCUGUUGGACAUCCAGAAGAACUGACCAGUGAUCCAGAUAUUAUUUCAGCAUUAAGCAUUACAGGAAACUUCCAGUUUGAACCUUGCUCGCAUGGUGACUUCCUUGGCUCAAUUCUUGGUACAGGAAUUGUCAGGGAGAAACUUGGAGACAUUAUAUUGCAGGGGGAACAGGGUGCUCAGAUAAUUGUUGUACCUGAACUCGUUGAAUUUCUCAUGUCAACACUGGUUAAGGUUCGUAAUGUUCCUGUAUCUUGCACUAAGAUUCCAUUAAUUUCUCUUGAUUAUGAACCACCAAGAACAAAAUCAUUCAAAACUAUAGAAGCAUCACUAAGAGUUGAUGCACUAGCUAGUGCUGGAUUUAAAGUUUCACGGUCAAAGCUAGUUGACAUGAUCAGCAAUGGUGAUGUGCGUAUCAACUGGAUCCCUGUUACUACCAAAGGAACCACACUCAAGAGUGGAGAUAUUGUAUCAAUUAGUGGCAAGGGAAGAUUAAAGGUAUGUUUUAUUUCAUUUUGGAUCAGAUAGGAGAAAUAAACUCCACAAAGAAAGGAAAGUUUGCAGUGGAGCUCAUUCGGUAUUUGUAGAAGUUUAGAGAGUUCAGAAGUACUUUCACUCUCAAAGUAACAACUUUUUCUUUCUUCAUUUGUGUAUUGGAUUUCACAAACAUACUUUUCAAACUUUAAACCAACACAGCCGUAGCCUGUCUAAAACGACAUGCUUUUAUUUUUUGUGGAAAGAUUUGCUUAGCCUCGCAUAACAGUUAUGAAGAUAGAAAAAAAUUGUACAGACAGAACCUUGAUGAUGAAACCUUAAUAUGAAUCAAAUUUCAGCAUCAUCAA